GUCCACAUGGCUCUGCUCUGAUCUGACAGCAAUGCGGUUCGGGCCACUUUGCUGUGGAGUUGUCCUGGUCAGCCUGCUGUACGCGCGAUAGUGUCCGGUUCAGCCCGCGCUCCGCGUGUCUGUGGUCAUUUCAGGCUGGCUCAGUCCGCUCUCGCCUCGUUCAUGCGUGUCAGGUUUUCUCCCCUGUAUCGAGAGUCCACGCCGCUGUAGGUGCUCAGUUACGCCGCUGUCGGGGAUGUUUCCAUUUCCAUUCUGAUCCGGACACACUACUCACACACGCUCAAACACACACCAUGGGUCUGGGACAGUCCAGCCGGGCCUCCGUCAGCGAGGACACCCAGGAGGUCAACUUUGACCACUUCCAGAUCCUGAGAGCGAUCGGAAAGGGCAGUUUUGGAAAGGUAUGCAUUGUCCAAAAGAAGGACACAAAGAAGAUGUACGCCAUGAAGUACAUGAACAAGCUGAAAUGUGUGGAGCGGAAUGAAGUGCGAAAUGUCUUCAAGGAGCUCCAGAUCAUGCAGAACCUGGAGCACCCGUUUCUAGUCAACUUCUGGUACUCUUUUCAGGAUGAGGAGGACAUGUUUAUGGUGGUGGACCUGCUGCUGGGAGGUGACCUGCGCUACCAUCUGCAGCAGAACGUCCACUUUUCUGAAAGCACCGUUAAACUCUACAUCUGCGAACUGGCUCUUGCACUGCACUACCUACGCAACAAACACAUCAUCCACAGAGACAUCAAGCCAGACAACAUCUUACUGGAUGAACACGGCCACGCUCACCUGACAGACUUCAACAUCGCUGCUAUUGUAAAGGACGACUUAAAAGCCACUUCCAUCGCUGGGACAAAGCCAUACAUGGCUCCGGAGCUUUUCCAGCCGGUGGAGGGAACGCAUCCAGGCUACUCGUUUGCAGUGGACUGGUGGUCUUUGGGCAUAACCGCUUACGAGUUGCUCAGAGGACAGAGGCCUUACAUAAUGCGCUCCAGCACACCGGCCAGUGAGAUCCUGCAGUCCUUCCAUAAAGUCCAUCCCUACUACCCAGCCGCCUUGUCUGCAGAGAUCAAGUCUCUGCUGAGAAAGCUAUUGUGUAUUGAUGCCCAGCAGCGUCUCUCCUCCCUCUCUGAGCUGCAGGACAUGGACUACCUCUCUGACGUCAACUGGGACGCUGUGCUAAACAAACAGGUCCCACCGGGCUUCAUCCCUAAUAGGCGGAGACUAAACUGUGACCCGACGUUUGAGCUGGAGGAGAUGAUCCUGGAAUCUAAGCCACUGCACAAGAAGAAGAAGAGACUGGCGAGGAAAACCAGGGAGAACGGCGGCUCUGACGGGUCUCCUCAGAACGGUCAGCUCCAGCAGCGCUUGGACAACGUGCAGAGAGACUUCAUCAUUUUCAACAGGGAAAAGUUGAGGAAAACCAAAGCAGACGCUGAAGGCAAUGACCUUAUCACAAAAGAGGCCGACCAAACCAUCGAGGACGGACAGAACAACAACGUAACUGGUGCGCCAUGUUUAUCGGGGUAGAGCUUUUGGUUAGAAGGACCACUGAGAGGUCGGGAUGCUUAAAGCUCAUCAGCUCAGGCUUAUCCAGACUGCACUGAAGAGGUGCAGCUACAAGCAAAAAGGCUUUUAACAAAAAAAACUGUUUUUGAGUUUCUUUUUUUCAUACGAGCAUUUAUGGACCGAAAAAUCAAGCGCACUUAUGGGCAUCUGGUAACUGAAGAGGACAGACCACUUCAUGAAAUGAAGGUUCUUUAUGAAAUGUGCUGCAGUCACACUGUAGUGGAGCCGAUGUGAAUGGUGGAGGUCAGUAACCUCCGCUCUCGGUAUUGUUCUUCGAAAUUCUCGUGGGACCUUCGUGCCUAAAAAACACAGCAAGACUCGAGCGAAGACGUCACGUCCUUGUCUUUCACUGGAGACCUCCCGACACUUUCUAGUGUACGCCUGUGAUCGUGGUCAGACAUGGUUCUGCAUCCUUCUGUUCUGUCCCCAUGAGUUGCCUUACGCGCCUUGCCGGCAUGUCAUAGGACUUCAUACGCUUAGAGAUCAGAGAUGCAUACUGUGCUUAUCUUACACUUACGAACGCACUUUAGAGAACAGCUUUAGUGUUGUGGACCUGUUUAGAAGCUGCUGGAGCACCUGCUUUUAGGCUUUGUUAGUCCCAGUUGGUCAUCUAAUACAAGCUUUUAUAUUUAUAGCUUUUAUAUUUAAUCGCAGGUGUAAAUGUGCGUCUGACCAAAAAAAAAUCAUUUGUUUUCUUAAUAUUUAUUCACAUUCACGUUCUGCUCUAUUAAAUGUGUCAUGUGCUUAUUAAGAGAGUGAGUUUUUGAAGUGAAAUUCUAUAGAGACUGAGAAGAGACUGUCCAUGCUCCGCCCACAAAUGCAGUUUUUGGUAGCAACUGGGUGAUAAAGCAUCAUGGUAUAGACGACAUAUGUUGCUUUAUAGCUUUAUUCCUGUAAAGCAGCAGCCUCCUUGUUGCCAAGCGGUUUGUUUUUAGCUUUUUCGCUUAUUUUUCCUGCACUUUACUCAUUGUAUCCUUGUAUUCUUACUCAUUGUGGUUGGGAUAGUGUAGUGGGUAACACCUCUGCCUUCUGAGCUAUAGACUGGGGUUCAAUCUCCAGGUUGGACAAGCACCCUACGCAAUACUAAUAAGAGUCCUUGGGCAAGACUCCUAACACUCCCUUCGCCUACCUGUGUAAAACGAUCAGAUUGUAAGUCGCUCUGGAUAAGAGCGUCUACCAAAUGCCGUAAAUGUAAAUUGUAUCCAGGACCUGACAUUUAACUAAAAUGUAUGUAGAGCCACAUUCAAAAGUUGGGGCACCGUUGGUCCAAUUAUACACAAGAACACACACACUUUAUCUACCAGCCUAUCCCAGCGCUCACUGGGCGGAACGCAGGAAUCACCCUGGACAGGUCGCCAGUCCAUUACAGGGCAGACACAGACAUACACAUUCACACUCGCAUUCACAUCUAGAGGCGAUUUAUCAUCUCCGGUUUGUCUUUGGACUGUUGGAGCAACCUCACACAGACACGGGGAGAACAUGCAUACUCCAUACAGAAAGGACCCUGGUUACCCGACCGGGGAAUCCAACCCAGGUCCUUCUUGUUUAUUUAUUUGCUGAGGCUCCAAUAUAUUUAGGGGGAGCAUGAAAUAUAAAAUGUGCACAAGCUACAUCAUUUUCCUCCUCCCAAUAUAUUAAAUUCAGUAAUUAAAUAGAAAUUGUGCUCUAAAUUUUUAAGAAGUGCUAACUUAUCAUUCAGCCUAAUGAAUUUAAGUUAAAGUUCAGGGUCGCUGUGUUUCCCAGCCGAGCUCUGUUGCUGGAACUAAUCUAAAGUAGGCAGGUUGAAUUGCUGAAUUUGCCCCACGUAAACAUUAACUUGAACCCAUGGCAACACAAAACUACACUCGAUCUGUCCUAACAGUGUAAGUCAGUGAGUGCGUUUACAUGCACUUAAUAAUCCGAUAACUGCACUAAAUCAGAUUUUGUCAGUAAUCUGCUCCAUGUGUUUACAUGUACUUGGGUAAUCAGAUAAUGUGAAA